AUACAAAUUGCAAAAGCUUAUGGUUUUGAUAGAUUAAGUAAUUGUAGCAUCAGUGUAUUUGUUUAUAUAAUUAUGUCCGAAAAUAUCGAACUCUAUUCUUUUUGUAUCAAUUCUACGUCAAAUAAUAGCGAUAUUGAAGAAUAUCACGAAAUAAGUCAAAAAGAUAAAAUAGAUGUGGUACCGGAAUAUCUAUCAAAAACAUUAAAACACUAUGAUUUUUUUACACAAUUUGAUAUUAAUGCCGUUAAUCAAAAUACCGAGAAUAGGAAAAAAAGUAAAAAGAGAGAUAAAACAAAAAAUAUAAUGGAUAUAAUUAGUUUGGAGUUGGCCUCGACAGCAGUGCCUAUAUCUAAUAAUAUUAUGACUGUUGUGGAUAACAUUGCGGAACAACAAAGUAAUUGCCUAAUAAACAUUCCAUGGACACAAAAAAUAUUUAAAAGAUUCAUACCACCUUACUUAGAUACUGAAUAUGGAUGGGGACAUAAAUCGAGUAUGGCGGUCUUAAGUCCAGUAUUUCCAAGAGUUCUUGAUAAUGCCAUCACCAAUGCCAAUAUACCUGUACAAUACAUUGAGCCAACAAUGUUUAAGAAUUUUAUUUCUAAUAAUAUACAUGACAGUAAAUUAACACCAAAAUUUUUGGAUAUUUCCAUUAAAAAUAUUAAAUUUAAACAUCAUCAUAAAUUUUCUUUAGAAAAGCUACUUAGUGUUAAACUUGUUGACACUUAUAAUGAUUAUAUUGCAAAACAACAAUUAAUAGAUGAACUGAUGCGGGAUAUAAAAGUUAACAGGGAGACUAGAGAUAAUCUUAAGCAAGAUCUUUUAAGAGUAAGUCCAAAUAAAAAAGAAGAUAUAAGAUUCGAUGAAACUGUUAGGAAAUACACUGAUAAGUUAUUGAAAGCUAAAGCAAAAUAUCUAGAAACUUUAAAAAUGAGAAAACAAUUGAUCCAUAACAUUAUAGUUUUAUGGUCAGAUAUAGAAAUGAUUAGAGAUAAGACUGGAACGAUAACGACUCCAUUCAUAUUACACAUAGCAACAAAAACUUUGGAUGGCAAAAAAUAUGAAGAAGAAUGGGAUAGAGUUUUCAAUAUAGAAUUUACCGAUUUACUCUGUAAAAUGGAAUACGAAUAUGUUAGUAAAUACAUCGAAUAUAAAGAAAUGAAAAAAGAUCAGAAUGUAGAAUAUUCAAGAAGAAAAAGUCUAAGUAAACCGAAAUUGGAGGUUGAUCAAGAAGUAUUGAAAGAAGAGGCAGAGGAAAUUGUUAAUACUGUUCUCAUGAGGGAGGCAAUAGAAGUAAAUUUGAAAACAGAUGAUAGUAUUUUAUCGAAUAAAAAAUUGGAGAAAAAUCAAUUACUUUACAAUUAUUGUUUUACCAUCUUUAUAGACGAUGUCUUUGUAUGUGAAUCAGAACAAAGUGUUAGUCAAAAUCUUUCUAGUAUAGAGAUAAAUGAAACAUUUUCUGUACAAAUAAUACCAAACAAUAAAACACUUACAAUAGUUUUAUCAGAAAAUAGUGAAGAUGUUGCAUAUAUAAAGAAAAAUCUGUCGGAUAUUAAGAAAAGUUACGUUCAUUCUGAUUUUGUUAUAGAAUAUUUUGUCUAUAAAAAUAUUGUAGAACCCAAUACAAAAAUUGUUGGUAGUGGGUUUAAUAUAAAAGAUAUAGCGAAACAAAAUAAAAUGAGACUUAAAAGUAGUAAUAACUUUGAAGGGAAAUUAUACACAAAUUGUGAAACAAAUUUGAGAAUUGGGUGGAAUGAAAAACUGAGUAAUAGCAAUAGUGAACACAUCAACUCUUCAAUGGAUAUAGGGAGACAACUGAAAAGACUAAUGCAUGGUAUUGAUAAACCUAAUAUAGACUUACUGGUAGAUAUUAUUAGUAAAAUCUACGGGAAAGAUGUCGAGGGAGAUGAUAAAAUAAUGAGUAUGUUGAGAAAUAUUUGUAAAUCAAAUUUAAAAGGUGACGAGGCAUUUCCUUUUCCUAAAGAAAGCAGUCCGGAAUAUGUACGAUUAAAAUUAUUGCAUUUAAGGAAUGUUGGAGGAUUUAGCAAUAUUGAGAAUAAAUUAAUACCCUUACAUGGUAGUCAAAUUUCAACAGAACAGCUGAAUUGCCUCCAAAUGAGCGAUGAUAAAGAUUUUGAUAUUGAAUAUAUUCAUAGUAAAAAUGUGGAUAGGGAUCCUAUAGAAAUGGAAAGGUUUAUUGGGGCUAAAUAUGUACAGAAAUUAAAUAAAAACCUGUUAAUAAAUAUUAACGAGCACCUUCUGAAGAAAACACAUAAAGAUGUAGUGAGAGAUUUUAAAAAUUUCGGUUUCAGGAGCUUCUUUUCGAGUGAAACGAAAUUUACAGCACUUACGACCAUAUCGAGCAGCACAAAACAGCAAUUUUUAAAUGAAUCAUUGUGCAAGGAACAAGAGCUGCAAGUUACCGUAUUAAGGGCUUUUAAUUUGCUAGAUAGGAAAGACACAAUACUCAAUGAAGACGACGAAACAGAUGAUAAAAUUGCAGGUUAUAAAGUUCGCCCUCUGAGGCCAUUUGUAAGAGUCAGCUAUCAUGGUACUUUAGCACAGACCGCAACUGCUAUCGGCUGCCACCCUACUUGGAAUCAGACAGUAAUCAUCAAAGCCAGACCUGAUCCACUGUCGUCGAUUUAUAUAAAUAUUUACGAUGAGUACAAAGCGAAUAUAGAUAAAGGAUACUCGGAAGAACAGGGUACUAGUCAGACUGUUCAUUAUAGAUAUUACAACAAAUGGCUGGGAACUCUUCAUGUGCCUUUGUAUGCAGUCUUGACGAUGGGUGUGCUACGCGGCACCUUCAAAAUAAACUCCCCACCUGCAAUAUUUGGUUAUGAAUCUCUGUCUCGAACAAAAGAGAGUACCCAAUCAUUGAUACCAGAAGUAACACAACUGAUGAACAAGGAUACAUCGUAUAUAUCCCUUCAAAUAACUACAAAUCUCUCCCAUUUAGGUGGACUACAAAUGUACAACCAACCCAUACCGAGUAGUCCUGAUGAUGAUUACCUCAUAAAACACUUGAACAACUUUGUUACGGAAUAUCUGAAUGAUUUUCCGUCGAGGACCCUUUCUCUAACAUUUGUAGAUAGUUCGGGACGAAAUAAAUGUGUAACGCAAUUUCUGCAACCAAUCCCCUUACCUGAUUAUGAGUUUUUUCCUAAAAAUCCUAAAAACAGAUCUGGGUCUGCAGUAUCGAAAAGUUCUGGGUUUUCUAAAAGUUCCUCAUCAAGAAGCAGUGGAGGCAGAAAGGAGGAUGAUAGGGGAUCGAAUCAAACAAUCAAUGAAGAGAGAGAAUCCAUUUAUGGGACAAGAGACGGGAGCUGGCGGAGUGGAGAUAGUCAGUUGACAAGACUGAUCAACGCUAGUGUUAGAUAUGUGGCAUUAAUACCCACGUACGAAAUUACUGAACCUCAUGUUGUCACUUUAUUGGGAGUGGUGCGCUGUCAGAGCCAAAUGCGGAGAGGGUGGUGGGGGUGGUGUCUACCCCAGAAUUGUCUGGUGCCCGUUCCCCAGGACGAACUACUGAAAGUCCUAUACGGCUCGCCCAUCGAUCACAGCAUACUCCUAGCUAGCUACUUCCUCUACCUGGGCAUAAAAUGUUGGGUAGCUAUUGGCGUGGGUCUGCCCCGAGGCCGGACCAGUUACGUCCUAACCAAGUAUGAUACGACUAGCCGGAGGAUCGUGUUGUCGAAUGACCAGUUGUUCAAGAAGGGACUAUUGGACCGAACCGACGGGUACCUAUGGUAUGUCCACGACGCCACUAGCGGGGAGAGGUACGAAUUGAGAGAUGUGAGUUGUCCGCUGAAAACCGUGGACUAUGUGUUCGACAAUGAAAAUAUUUGGGUGAACGUCCAGACAUGUCAAGAUUGUGAAAGCGUAUCAUUUGAUUUCACCAAAUCAUCGAACUGGCAACCUGUAUUCGACAAGAGAAUAUUCGUGAUGAAGCAGCCGAUUGUCAACGAUCCGGCGCUGUACAGCGCGCCAGCAGACGUGGCUCGGCUGAGGGAGGCCCUGGAACUCAAGAUCAGGAGCAAGGUGCAAAAAUGGCGACCACACAUGAAGACUAUAUGGAACAGAUACUGCAGCGGACUAUUACGGGAGCUGCUCCCCUCUUGGGAAUACUGGACUUUCAACCCCGCUGAAACGAAGCCUGGCUUCAGUCAACGAAUGAAACAGUUGAUGGUCACUUACAAGAUAUACGGUUUCCCUCUGAACAUGGCGUACGCGAAUGCAAAGUCAGUCGUUUCAUGCGUGAAGUCAACAGGGGUGCACGUGGAUGACGACCCUAACGCUGAAUUCGGGCUGGCAGUGGACGUGUACGCUUACCCUAACAACGUUUUGAGCGUUUGGGUGUUCUUAGCUUCUAUUACUAGGAUAUAGUGGA